UGGGGGUUGUAGUUUUUCUCCCACUAUAACCCUCCUCCCCCAGUUUCCCCAAGGUUUUGCGGUGCUGGCGUGACAGACUGCUUUCUGCAGACAGAAUUACAUCACUCAGACAUGAAAGUAGUGUCCAGCAUUUGAACGGUUUGGAAGAUGUCCAAGAAAAAGGGCAGGAAGCGCAGCAGUGUGGAGCUGACUGAAAAUCUGGCUGCUGAUCCCAGGAGAAUUCUGGGUAAGAGAGUCCAACACAGCUGGAGAGAGAAGGGAGCACUGACCAGGUGGAGGGGCGCAGUCCUCGACCGACUGAGUGUCAACCCUUCACUUUUCCUGGUCAAGUACGACGGCUUCGACUGCGUCUACGGCAUUGAGCUUUUCAAGGAUGAGAGGGUGUCCAACUUGCAGGUCCUUUCAGAGAGAGUGGUGAACACCAAGAUCAAGGUUCCUCGGGGCGCAGGAGAGCUGGUGGGAAAGGCCGUGGAACAUCUAUUUGAAAAAGAAGACGGAGAAAAGAACGAGUGGAGGGGCAUGGUCCUAUCCAGGGCGCCCAUCAUGACUAACUGGUAUUACAUCACAUACGAGAAGGACCCCGUACUAUACAUGUACCAGCUCUGGGACGACUUCGAAGAUGGGGACUUGCGCAUUUUACCGGAAGCUGAAAAUAAACACUUGCUUCCAGCUGACAGGAAGCCAGAUGAAGAGGCUGAGAGCCUUGUGGGUAAGCAGGUUGAAUACAUCACCGAAAAAGGAGUGAAGAGAACCGGCCUGGUGAUCUACCAAGUACCCGCCAAGACCUCUGUGUACUUCAUCAAGUACGACGAUGACUUUCACAUCCAUGUCUAUGACCUGGUCAAGACCUCCUAAGAGAACGCACCUGCAUCUUCCAUUGCCCACUUGCCAUUGUCAUUCUCUUCUUCCAUCACUAAUUGAAGAAAGGGUAACAGGCUCGACGGUCAAAACGGUAUUGCCAAAAGUCCAAUCUCAUACCAGGACCCUGAUUUUAAUGGUGAACCUGCUCUCUACACAAUAUUUCCCUUGGGUGUCACAGUGUGGGCAGCCGCUAGUGGGAGUGACCAUAAGUUUCUCCACAAGGGUAUUGGUUUCCAGUUGAAACGGCAUCAACCACACAGGUACAUGUAAGUAGACUGAUAUUUCGCCUCUUCACAUCACUGUUGUAGCGGUCGUCUUGUACCGUGAAACAAUAUGGAGCCGUUGCGAAACGAGAUGAUGUAUUUAUAGUUGGCCCACUCCAAGUAUUGCUUGGGGGGGGGGGGGGGGGGGUUAAAAUCCAGGACUGGGCCUUUCCACAUGGAGUUUGCACACAGAAACUGCAUGUCUUCCUCCCACAGUACAAAGAUGUGCAGGUAGGCUAAUUGGAGACUCUGUAUUGCCCAUAGGUAGGAGUGUGCAUGCCCUGCGAUAGAUUGGCAGCCUGUCCAGGGUGCCUUCCUGCCUAAUGCACGAAGAGAUAGUUAAAUUCAAUUUUAUUUGUAUAGCGCUUUUUACAGAGAACUGUCACAAAGACACUUUACAGAGCAGCAAGGCAAGAAACAGCAAAAAGAGAAAACACCAGACCUGAACCCCCAAAUAGCAAGUACAGAAGGUAAAAACUCACAGUGGGGAGAAAACCCUCAAACGGUGGCAGGAAUAAACUCCCCAAUGGGAAGAAAUCUCGAGAGGAACCUGGCUAUAGAGGGGGAGCCCAUCCUCCACUGGCCAGCCUGGUGUAAAGCAGCGGUAGAAUGGAAUGUGGCAUAAGUGCUACAAGGGAUCUAGUAGUGUGUUCCUACCCAGUGAAUGCUGGGAUAGGCUCCAGCACCCCCUGCGACCCUGACCAGGAUAAGAGGGUAUAGAUGAUGGAUGGAUGAAUGGUUUGAUUAGUCAAGAUUUAAUGUAAAUAUUCAUGGACUAAAUAAAGCAGCAUUGAUUAAUUAUGUACCAUAUGCCACCAAUGCAAAUAUAUUGGACAGUAUUUGAUUUACUUGUUUGUGGUAUUUUUAAUUAGUAAAAUAUCAGCUGUGAAGAAUAACAGACUUUUCAGACAGCAGUAUAUGUAUUUGUGGAGAUUAUUCACCAUUGCUGCAUUUUCACAUAGUUUAGGUAAACUGUUUUUAGCUGUUACAAAGGAUAUCAUUUUAAUAAUCAAGAACAAUGUAGAGAGCAGACAUCUCUCUGUAAAAAAAAUAUGUAUGUAUUGACAGUGUUAUCUGGUGUUUGUGGGUGUUCUCUGUGACAUGCUCUUGUCCGCAAGCUUCCAGGAACUGUAAGCAUUAAUGACAUACAUGUGAUAUAUCUGUCAUCUUGCUGCUUUUGACCAAAGCUUAAUUUUGUUGUAUUGUAUUCACCAGUCUGUGUAAUGAUGGCAUCGUAAAAUAAUAAAGAGUUAUUUUUGGACUUA